CGGCCGAGGGGCGGUGGCCGCGCAGGCUCCGCGGGACGGACUCACGGACAGACAGGGGACGGAGGGACGCGCGUACGGCCAGGCCAUGCCGGGGGAAGCUGCCCGCGCCGAGCUGCUGCUGCCGGAGGCGGGCGGAACAGGGCCCCGCACAGAUCUGUCCUGCGAUGCGGCUGCGGCUACCACCCCGAGGGGGGACCAGCUGGAGCACUGUGUCCUGACCCCUGAGCCCAGUGCCCUGGCUCUCACGUUCCUGCCCAGCAAGCCGGGUGCCCGGCCCCCGCCUGACGGAGCCAGCUGGGAUGCAGGGCCGGGACGCGCCCCCUCGGCCUGGGCAGUUCAGGCAGAGGGCGGCCCCAGCCCAGGGCCCCCCGAGGUUCGGCCUGCUGAAGGUCCUCUCCCAGCCUCCCUGGAGCCCCGGAUUGUGAUGGGCGAGGAGACGUGCCGGGCAUCCCCACUGCCCAGGGCAACCCUGCCAGAGCUCAGGGACUGGGAGGGUGGGCACGCCAGCCUGAACCCACCCCCCGAGUUGUGUUCUCAGGGUGACCCUCCUGUGCCUUUCCCUGCCCCCGACUCCGAUUCUUACUUCACCCCUCCCUCCACCCCGACCGAGACAGCCUCCACCCUGCUCCCUGGCCCCGGGCCCCACAGGGAUGCCCAGGAUGCCCAGGCUGAGCUGGGGGACUCGCCGCCAGCCUCGCCCUCAGGCUCCUACAUCACGGCGGACGGGGACAGCUGGGCCUCGUCUGCAUCCUGCUCCGUGAGCCUGCAGGCCCCUGCUGAAGGGCUGGAUGUGCCCUCAGGCUGGGGCUUCUCCCCACCUGGCUCUGUGGCCGAUGAGAGGGAGCUGCCCCCUGCCGGGACCCCGGACACCUCAUCCCCAGAGUCCAGCCUCUCGGCAGACAGCAGCUCUUCCUGGGGCCAGGAGGGCCACUUCUUCGAGCUGGACUUCCUGGCCAAUGACCCGAUGAUCCCUGCUUCCCUCCUGCCCUUCCAGGGCAGCCUGAUCUUCCAGGUGGAGGCUGUAGAGGUGACGCCGCUGCCCCCCGAGGAAGAAGAGGAGGGGCAGGAAGAGGAACAGGAGGAGGAGGACGAGCAGGAGGCCCCCAUCCCCCGAGGGGACCUGGCCGGGGAGGGCGAGGACGACAGCACGUUCGCGUCCUCCCUGCAGUCGCUGUCUGACCUGUCCAUCACUGAGGGCGUGGACGAGGCCUUCGCCUUCCGAGAUGACACCUCGGCCGCCUCCUCUGACCCCGACUCAGCCUCCUACGCGGGGGGUGAUGAUGAGAGACUGUACAGCGGGGAGCCCCACGCACAGCCCACCACCCUGCUCCAGGACAGCCCUGGUGAGGCCGCCUCCUGGGGCCCAGAGCCCACUCUUGGGGUGUCCGAGGGAGAGGUUGGCCGGGCUGCCAAGAGCCAGGAACCCAUCUCCGAUAUAACCGGGGUGGGCCCCGCUCCAGGCCAGGUGUCCGCUGCUGCUAUGGCCCCUCACGUCCCACAGAAAGCCCCAGGCCUCACUGGGGUGACCCCUCAGGCCUGGGCAGCAGAGGCAGGCUCCACCAUGGGACCAGCACCUGUUGCCACAAUCACACCUCAGUCCCUGCAGGAGGGAGACGGCGCUGCCUUAGGCUUAGAGCCCCAGACUUCGAAGGGAGAGGUGGGCCUCGACUCUCUGCAGAACCUGAAGGAAGAAACAGGCCAGGGGUUUGCCGCUGCAGGCAGCCCUGAGCCCCAGCCAGGAGAAGUGGAACCGGCAGCAUCCCCGCCCCUGCAGGAUUCAGGCCUCCCCACUGGCCAGGGAUCUGAGCCCCAGGCCAGCCCUGAGCCCCAGCCAGAAGAAGUGGACCUGACGGCAUCCUUGCCCCUGCAGGAUGCAGACCUCCCCUAUGGCCAGGGAUCUGUCCCCCAGGCCAGCCCUGAGCCCCAGCCGGAAGAAGUGGACCUGACGGCAUCCUUGCCCCUGCAGGAUGCAGGCCUCCCCUCUGGCCAGGGAUCUGCCCCUGAGGCCGGCCCUGAGCCCCAGCCAGAAGAAGUGGACCUGACCGCAUCUUUGCCCCUGCAGGAUGCAGGCCUCCCCUCUGGCCAGGGAUCUGCCCCCGAGGACAGCCCUGAGCCCCAGGCGGAAGAAGUGGACCUAAUGGCAUCCUUGCCCCUGCAGGAUGCAGGCCUCUCCUCUGGCCAAGGAUCUGCCUCCGAGGCCAGCCCUGAGCCCCAGCCGGAAGAAGUGGACCUGAUGGCAUCCUUGCCCCUGCAGGAUGCAGGCCUCUCUUCUGGCCAAGGAUCUGCCUCCGAGACCAGCCCUGAGCCCCAGCCGGAAGAAGUGGACCUGAUGGCAUUCUUGCCGCUGCAGGAUGCAGGCCUCUCUUUGGUCCAGGGAUCUGCCUCCGAGGCCAGCCCUGAGCCCCAGUCAGAAGAAGUGGACCCGACGGCAUCCCCGCCCCUGCAAGAUGCAGGCCUCUCUUUGGUUCAGGGAUCUGCCUCUGAGACCAGCCCUGAGCCCCAGUCAGAAGAAGUGGACCUGAUGGCAUCCUUGCCCCUGCAGGAUGCAGGCCUCUCCUCUGGCCAAGGAUCUGCCUCCGAGACCAGCCCUGAGCCCCAGCCGGAAGAAGUGGACCUGAUGGCAUCCUUGCCCCUGCAGGAUGCAGGCCUCUCUUUGGUCCAGGCAUCUUCUUCCGAGGCCAUCCCUGAGCCCCAGCCAGAAGAAGUGGACCUGAUGGCAUCCUUGCCCCUGCAGGAUGCAGGCCUCUCUUUGGUCCAGGGAUCUGCCUCCGAGGCCAGCCCUGAGCCCCAGUCAGAAGUGGACCUGAUGGCAUCCUUGCCCCUGCAAGAUGCAGGCCUCUCCUCUGGCCAAGGAUCUGCCUCCGAGGCCAGCCCUGAGCCCCAGUCAGAAGUGGACCAGAUGGCAUCCUUGCCCCUGCAGGAUGCAGGCCUCUCUUUGGUCCAGGGAUCUUCUUCCGAGGCCAUCCCUGAGCCCCAGCCAGAAGAAGUGGACCUGAUGGCAUCCUUGCCCCUGCAGGAUGCAGGCCUCUCUUUGGUCCAGGGAUCUGCCUCCGAGGCCAGCCCUGAGCCCCAGUCAGAAGUGGACCUGAUGGCAUCCCCGCCCCUGCAAGAUGCAGGCCUCUCUUUGGUCCAGGGAUCUGCCUCCGAGACCAGCCCUGAGCCCCAGUCAGAAGAAGUGGACCUGAUGGCAUGCCCGCCCCUGCAAGAUGCAGGCCUUCCCUCGAUCCAGGGAUCUGCCUCCGAGGCCAGCCCUGAGCGCCAGUCGGAAGAAGUGGACCUGACCGCAUCCCCGCCCCUGCAGGAUACAGGCCUUCCCUCAGUCCAGGGAUCUGCCUACGAGGCCAGCCCUGAACCGCAGCCAGAAGAAGUGGAACUGAUGGCGUCCUUGCCCCUGCAGGAUGUAGGCCCUCCCUCAGUCCAGGGAUCUGCCUCCGAGACCAGCCCGGAGCCCCAGCCGGAAGAAGUGGACCUGACCGCAUCCUUGCCCCUGCAGGAUGCAGGCCUUCCCUCAGUCCAGGGAUCUGCCUCCGAGACCAGCCCUGAGCCCCAGCUGGAAGAAGUGGACCUGAUGGCAUCCUUGCCCCUGCAGGAUGCAGGCCUUCCCUCAGUCCAGGGAUCUGCCUCCGAGACCAGCCCUGAGCCCCAGCUGGAAGAAGUGGACCUGAUGGCAUCCUUGCCCCUGCAGGAUGCAGGCCUCUCUGGCCAAGGAUCUGCCUCCGAGGCCAGCCCUGAGCCCCAGUCAGAAGAAGUGGACCUGAUGACAUCCUUGCCUCUGCAGGAUGCAGGCCUUCCCUCAGUCCAGGGAUCUGCCUCCAAGACCAGCCCUGAGCCCCAGCCUGAAGAAGUGGACCUGAUGGCAUCCUUGCCCCUGCAGGAUGCAGGCCUCUCCUCUGGCCAAGGAUCUGCCUCCGAGGCCAGCCCUGAGCCCCAGUCAGAAGUGGACCAGAUGGCAUCCUUGCCCCUGCAGGAUGCAGGCCUCUCUUUGGUCCAGGGAUCUGCCUCCGAGGCCAGCCCUGAGCCCCAGCCAGAAGAAGUGGACCUGAUGGCAUCCUUGCCCCUGCAGGAUGCAGGCCUCUCUUUGGUCCAGGGAUCUUCUUCUGAGGCCAGCCCUGAGCCCCAGUCAGAAGAAGUAGACCUGAUGGCAUCCUUGCCUCUGCAAGAUGCAGGCCUCUCUUUGGUCCAGGGAUCUGCCUCCGAGACCAGCCCUGAGCCCCAGCCAGAAGAAGUGGACCUGAUAGCAUCCCAGCCCCUGCAGGAUGAAGGCCUACCCUCUGGCCAAGGAUCUGCCUCUGAAGCCAGCCCUGAGCCCCAGUUGGAAGAAGUGGACCUGACAGCAUCCGUGCCCCUGCAGGAUGCAAGCCUCCCCUCGGUCCCAGGAUCUGCCUCCGAACCCAGCCCUGAGCCCCAGCCAGAAGAAGUGGACCUGACAGCAUUCCAGCCCCUGCAGGAUGCAGACCUCCCUGUGGUCCAGAGAUCUUCCUCCAAGGCCAGCCCUGAGCCCCAAUCGGAAGAAGUGGACCUGACAGCAUUCCCGCCCCUGCAGGAUGCAGGCCUUGCCUCGAUCCAGGGAUCUGCCUCCGAGGCCAGCCCUGAGCCCCAGUCGGAAGAAGUGGACCUGACCGCAUCCCCGCCCCUGCAGGAUGCAGGCCUUCCCUCGAUCCAGGGAUAUGCCUCCGAGGCCAGCCCUGAGCCCCAGUCGGAAGAAGUGGACCUGACCGCAUCCCCGCCCUUGCAGGAUGCAGGCCUUCCCUCAGUCCAGGGAUCUGCCUCCGAGGCCAGCCCUGAGCGCCAGUCGGAAAAAGUGGACCUGACCGCAUCCCCGCCCCUGCAGGAUGCAGGCCUUCCCUCAGUCCAGGGAUCUGCCUACGAGGCCAGCCCUGAACCCCAGUCGGAAGAAGUGGACCUGAUGGCAUCCUUGCCCCUGCAGGAUGCAGGCCUCCCCUCAGUCCAGGGAUCUGCCUCUGAGGCCAGCCCUGAGCCCCAGCCGGAAGAAAUGGGCCUGACGGCACCCCUGCCCCUGCAGGAUGCAGGCCUCCCCUCUAGUCAAGGAUCUGCCACCAAGGCCAGCCCUCAGGCCUUGCAGGCUGACACAGGCUACACCCUAGGGACAGAGCCCAUGGCCACCACAGCCCAACAGAAAGGAGGCAAGACUUUGGAACUGAGGCCAGCGCCUGAGAAAAGGGACCCAGACCACACUGGAGGCUCAGACUCUCUGGCCUUGGAUCAGAUCCAUCUGGGUGUCCUGGAGCCAGCUGCAGAUGCUCGGAUACCCUUGGACGGAGAUGCAGGCCCUUCCAAGCCUGCCACGGAGGCCCCAGACACACCUGAGCCUGCCACGGAGGCCCCAGACACACCUGAGCCUGCCACGGAGGCCCCAGACACACCUGAGCCUGCCACGGAGGCCCCAGACACACCUGAGCCUGCCACGGAGGCCCCAGACACACCUGAGCCUGCCACGGAGGCCCCAGGUCCCCCAGAGCCUGACACCAGUGUGGAGGAAGUAGCCAAGGGCCUUCUGGCACCUGAGUGGGGAGCCUGUCCUGACGCCCGUGUGUAUGGGGGUGACGGAGCUGAGCCCAGCUCGCCCCUAAAGGAGGGCCCGGGGGCUGAGAACCAGGAGCGUGGAGUCCUAAAGGCAGUCGUCUGCAGCCCAGAGGCACGUCCUGCUGCCAGCCUGGAGGUUGGCCAGGUGGGGCCCCCAAGCCCAGUGGAGGAGGGAAGGGCCACCCUGGGGCGCAGGCUUCCCGUGGCUGUGGCCUCAGAGGCUGGGCUGGGCUCCUGCCCGGAGUCUCCAUCAAGGGCUGUACCCAGGCGGGGAGGGAGCUGCCCCGAAGAUCCUGCCCCGGCAUUUCCGCUGCCCUCAAGGCAGCCAGAGCCCGUGCGGGGCCCGCACAGCGGAGAGCAGGCCCCGGCAGCACUGGGAGUCCUCGGCGCCUCCCCGCCGCAGCCGCCACAAAGCCCCACAGGGGGCCUGCCCAGUGCACCCCAAGACGGCAUCCAGGGCGCUGAGUCCCCUGCUCCUGGUGCCCUCGUGCAGACAGUCCCGCCCCCCACGGCACCCCCUGCCCCCUGCCCUUGCCAGGUCCCCGGGGAAAACCUGGGGGAGGGCGAGGAGCCCCUGGGCUCCCUGGGACUCCCACCACCACGGGCAAGAGCCCAGCGGGCAGUGGCUGCCUUCUCAGGGACCAAGAACCCCCCCGGGGCCGGGCAGGUCAGCCUCCCGCCCCACUCCCCCCUCCUCAGCCCCAAGGCGGCCCCCAAGGGGGCUACCCAUGCCAAAGACCUGGCCUCGAGGAUCUCGCCCCCCUGCCAAGUGCCUCCUGGCUCCGGGCUCCGGAGCCCAGCCGGACCUCGAGGGCCCCCAGCCGCCGAGCAGCAGCGUGACCAGGACAGUUUGGAAGAAGACUCACCCCAGGCUCCGGGCUCCGGCCAGCACUCGGACAGCCACGGGGAGUCGUCGGCCGAGCUGGAGGAGCAGGACCCCUCGGGACCACAGACCACGCCGUGCCCAGCCCAGGCCCCGGCAGGCGGCGGGAGCGAGGAGACCGUCACCAAAGUCAAGCAGAGCCGCAGUGAGAAGAAGGCCCGAAAGGCGAUGUCCAAGCUGGGCUUACGACAGAUCCAGGGCGUCACCAGGAUCACCAUCCAGAAGUCCAGGAACAUCCUCUUCGUCAUCGCCAAGCCUGACGUCUUUAAGAGCCCGGCCUCGGACACCUACGUGGUCUUCGGCGAGGCCAAGAUCGAGGACCUGUCCCAGCAGGUGCACAGAGCUGCGGCUGAGAAGUUCAAGGUGCCCUCCGAGCCCUCUGCCCUGGUCCCCGAGUCAGCGCCUGGGCCGAGGGUGAGGCCAGAGUGCAAGGAGGAGGAAGAGGAGGAGGACGACGAGGAGGUGGACGAGACGGGGCUGGAGCUUCGGGACAUUGAGCUGGUGAUGGCGCAGGCCAACGUGUCAAGGGCCAAGGCCGUGCGGGCCCUGAGGGACAACCAGAGCGAUAUCGUCAACGCCAUCAUGGAGCUGACAAUGUAGCUGCUGACCAGAGACCUGGCUCCACCCCUGCCCCCCACCUCUGCUGCCCAAUAAACUGGUGUCCCC